AUGUUCAUGAGAGUACCAGUAGAGGAGCUCUCUCGCUCUCAGAUCUGCUUCCGGUUCAACGAGGCGGACGGUGGACUCAGCUAUGAAGUCAGGCCGCUUCCUCUCGACGCGGCAUCAGGAGACGCGUUUUCGUCGUCUGCUGGGUCGACGCCGGCGCCUGCAAUCAACUUCCAGACCAUCUUCGACGAGCAGGGUCGUGGACGAGGCCUAUCGGUUUUCGCUUCCGUACCCCAUCAGCCUAGAUCCCACGUUCCUUCCCCGCCUGCUAGCCCCGCAAACCCCCAUAUCGCGUUUCAAUCCUUAACCACUGUACCCAUCACACCGGUGGAUGUUACUGGCCUUGAACCUUUGCCUCAUUAUGGCAGUGACAUGUGCACAGAUAAAACACAGUUCAGCGGGUCCCUGGACUGGUUUGCGGAGCCCGCGAACUCCGGCCAUCUCUGCCAGGUGAAGCCGCAUAUGGUGGACGGGCUCGAUGAUUCUCUGAACCUGGAUGUCUUCGGUUCCUUCGAACCCUUUGACUUGAUAUCGGAUAUGAGCGCCACAGACCUUAAUUCGGCGAUGCACGCGGCUGAUUUUCAUGAGCUCGUGUCUCCGAUGUCCUCAGAAUCGUCAUGCUGUUCCUCCACAUCGCCCGAGGCGGCUACUCCUCCCACCCCGCAGGAACCGAACGCUACAUCCAGACCGCCGUCGCCUUUCAGCUUCGCGUAUUCAGUACCAGAACCGGAUAUGGAUCCAGCACAUAUGCUUCCUUCUCCCCCGCCUACGGCGACAUCAGAAAAGGACGGCAGGCCUCCCGCGAAAACUCGGCGAAAACGCUACGCAUGCCUGUACCCUAAUUGCGACCGCCUCCUUACUAGCGAGUAUACCCGUCGCGUCCAUAUGACCACGCACACGAAAGUGCGCAAGUCCAUCCCUUGCACUAUGCCCGGCUGCAUGGAGAAUUUCUCGCGGAUGCACGAUCGCCUGCGACACGAAGUGACGCAGCACGGGAAGGUGUGCGAGUUCAGCUGUCAUGUCUGCAAGCGAUUCUUCUCUUCCGCAAAAUUCUUGGGAAACCACAAAUGUCCCGGCGAACGCGUCGGCUUCCCGUCGCGCUGGCCUGCGACCGGCCAAUCUCCGCCCGAAGCGCAAUGA